ACACGGUCUAGACUUCGAACGAACAAGUCGUUUGAAUUUUAAAUAAGGAAUCAUGCAGAAGCUAACGGUUUUUGUUCUUGCGCUUGCGGCGAUCUGCUUGCAUUGUGAAGCGAAACAGUUUACGAGAUGCGGAUUGGUUCAGGAGCUGAGGAGGCAAGGGUUCCCUGAGGAUAAGAUGAGGGAUUGGGUGUGCCUGGUAGAAAAUGAGAGUGGCAGGAAGACUGACAAGACGGGCACCGUCAACAAGAACGGAUCCCGCGACUACGGCCUGUUCCAGAUAAACGACAAGUACUGGUGCAGCAACACUAGCACUCCUGGCAAGGAUUGCAACGUCACUUGUGCACAAAUGCUGUUAGACGACAUCACCCUAGCUUCUCAGUGCGCCAAGAAGAUCUACAAACGUCACAAGUUCGAGGCCUGGUACGGAUGGAAGAACCACUGCAAGGGAAAGACCCUGCCUGACAUCAGCAACUGCUAAACUGUAGCAUUUUAAACAUACCAAAGACUAAGUUUAAAAAAAGUAAUUAUUUCUUUUGAGAUCAAAGAAAUUGGGAUGAUGAUUUUAUGUCAAAAAUAGUUUGUAUAUAGUUCAAAAUUUAUUUGUGUGCCUAUCUAACAGUGUUUUUUCAAAAUAACUUAUUUAACCAACGAAGAAGAACUUUGUUUUCGUAUUUUAGGCUAAUUUACGGAAUGUCACACACACUAAGUGUAAAGUUUUAAGUAGUCCCAUACAAAAUUCACAGAAAUGUAUGGCUUUUCACAUUUAAAGAACCAUAAUAAUUUGUUUUGUUAUCAUCAUCCCUUUGUAGAACGAAGACUGUGUAAAUCUCUGUAUUAUUAAUUAAUAUUCUAUAAUUUUGUAUAAAGUAACCAACUUUAUGCAUUCAAACAUAUUAUUAUGUAGUCUCUAAAAAUAAAAUUCUUAUUUUCUUUUA